AUGGUCUACAACAUCGUCGUCCACAUGCGCGCCAAGCCCGACGAGGAGAGCAUCUCCAAGCUCCACGCCAAGCUCCUCGAAGCCUCCGCCGUGUACUCCAAGGACAAGGAGACCCUCUCUUGGUUCGUCAUGCAGAGCGUCCACGACAAGCAGGACUUCUGCAUCGUCGAGCGUUACCUGAACGAGGGAUCCCAGAAGUACCACCUGGAGAACCCCUACUGGAAGACCUUCGACCCCUACGUUAUCCCGCUGCUGGAGAAGCCCAUGGACCUCAGACGUUUUGAGGAGUUGGAGUAA